UGGGUCCAUUCCAUCCCGACGGUCCCGAGGUUCGGUCCUGCUCCCCAAGCUCCGGCCCUCGACAUCCGCAGCAAUGGCCAAGGCUCAGAAUGUCACCUACGAAAUGGACCAGCUGUACCAGCCCUACAGAUUCGAGGACAUCAAGAACUUAGGGCACUAUGUGGAUGAACACUGGUCAGCCUCCUUCUCCAUUGCUUUCACUUACCUGGUGUUCAUCGCUCUGGGGCAGAACUACAUGAAGGCACGGAAGAGUUUCAAUCUGCAGAAGCCUCUUUUCCUCUGGUCCUUGAGCCUUGCCAUCUUCAGUAUCCUGGGAACAGUGAGAACAUGGAGCUUUAUGGGGACCUUGAUAUACAAGAUAGGUUUCAAAUACUCUGUGUGCUAUGGCCUCUUCACCGAAAUUCCUGUGGUCAAAUUCUGGUCCAUCUUUUUUAUAUUAAGCAAGAUUAUUGAACUUGGAGACACAGCCUUCAUCAUCCUGCGUAAGCGGCCGCUCAUCUUUGUGCACUGGUACCACCACAGCACAGUGCUAGUGUACUCAUUCUUUGGGUACAAGAACAGGUUUCCUGCUGGCGGUUGGCACAUGACCAUGAACUUCGGCGUGCAUGCCAUCAUGUACACCUACUACUCACUGAAGGCCCUCAGAGUGAAUCCUCCCAGAAUGCUUUCUAUGGUCAUCACUAGCCUACAGAUCCUGCAGAUGCUUGCUGGAGCCCUUAUCUCCUUCCUGAGUUAUGUGUGGAGGCAUGAACAUGGGUGUGAGGACACCACAGCUGAUGUCUUCUUCUGGUCCGCUGCUUUGUACUUCAGCUACAUCAUCCUCUUCGCUCACUUCUUCUGCCAAGCCUACAUUUUACCCAAUAAUAAACAUAAGACCAAGAGCCAGUGAAGAACUGGCUACACUGAGACAGCCCCUCGGCUCUCUCCUCCCCAGGCUACAGAAGGGGUCAGCUUAGGUUCAGGAGAAAUCAUUAGUAUACCCUAACCUACACGAUUUUCCCCAGAGGAUAUGUGCUCUAAGUUGACAAGAAGUUAUGACAGACAGGAAUUCUCAUCUUUGGGAUGGGGAUAUGAUCUACUAUUUUGAUGUUUCUGUUUUUAAUGUGAAGGUCAAACAGGCCCUGGCAUGGUGUGCGACUGUGGAGGAUCCUCAAAGUAGAAUUAUUUAUAUUUCUAUCCACAACUCUUUCUACUUGCUCUAUUUUUUUUUUUUUA